UUAAAGAGGCAUCAUAACAAACAAGCAUGGCGUCAGGGUCCGAGAAGUAUGAUACGGCAUUACUGGCCAUUUUGCAGAACGAAGGGAAAGUGGCUCCUUUCCUGGAUGAAGUUUUGGGAUUCUUGUACAGAAGGACUGACUUCUUUCGGAUAAUGAAAACUGACACUGACAGACUUGGUUUCCCUCCUGGUGUGGCCUAUAAAUUGCUUAAAAAUAUUUUCAAAAAGUAUGAAAUAUUAGCUCAGAAGGAUUCUGAGAAGGCUGAUCAGAUGAGACAGGCAAGAAAAAAGAAGCAAGAAACUCAAGAACAACAAAGUGAAGCCUCAAAUAUGCAAACCCCCACAGAACCAAGUCAAGCUCCAUUAUGCCAAGGAACAUCUGGUGCCAAUGAUCAGGAUAAGAGGGGACAAGAAGAAUCUGCCGUUGCCUCCUCUGAGCCUCAGGGAGAAGGAGACAGGGUGGAGCAAAUGGAGACGUCUUCUGAAUCUGAAACACAAAAUGCGAAAAGCAGUGAGAGUAAAUCUGGAGAUGGGGAAGAUGAGGAGGAUCCUGAACUUGCAAGACAAAGAAGAGAACUUCAAGCCAAUCCACUGACUUACAAUGGUGCCGAAAGAGAAGCCUACUUCUGGUCUCAAAACAUAACAGAGGUUGAUGUCAGAGUGAAGGUACCAAAGUCCAUUGUAAAAGGCAAACAGAUGAAAGUGGACAUCAAGUCUAAGCAUAUCCAUGUAGCACUGCAGGAGAGUGAUGGAAGCUGGAGAGAUCUUGUGAACAGUGAACUCUCGUGGGACGUUGACAAAGAAGAAUCCAUGUGGACCCUUAGUCCAGGAGAGUUUGUGCAUAUUAACUUGGAGAAAAAGCAAGAGAGGUGGUGGGAAAAUGUCUUUACUGAUGAGCCAAAAAUCAAUACCAAGAAAAUAGAUUGCAGUCGGCCAAUGACGGACCUUGAUGAUGAGGCUCAAGCCAAAAUUGAAGAAAUGAUGUUCAAUCAGAGACAGAAACAACUAGGACUGCCCCAGUCACAUGAAGUGAAAACUCAUGAGAUGCUAAGGAAAGCGUGGGAUGCAGAGGGAUCACCCUUCAAAGGACAACCUUUUGAUCCCAGUAGAUUUAGUGUGGACCCAAGCGGAGUAGUUAAUUUUAACCAGCAGACAUAAUUACAUGGGCCUGUUUAUGGUUGUAUGAUUGCAUGCUCACUUCAGACAUUCAGUUCACAAACAUUAUUAUGUACAUGUAUUAAUGAUAAGAUGAAUGCAUGAUUUUGACUGUAUUAGCAGUUAUGCAGGGCACGAAUGUAUAUAAUUAAAUAUUCACAUGUUUAUUUUAUUGGUUUCCAUAUGUGAACUUUGCACAGUCAAAUAAAUUUUGAUUUUGAAUUGUA